UCUUCCCAUUUGGAGCACGGAGCUCGAGCAUCAACAACAACCCACACCACGCACAUCAACACAACAAGCCACACCCACCCACCGCUCACCAGCUAGCAACCACCUCGAUCGCGCAGAGGCCGGCCGGAAGCUCAGCCGCGAAUUCUGUAAGCAACCAACAAGGCGAAGUCUUGGGGUUCCUCGCCGCCUCGGUCAAGAUUCAAGAAGAGAUGGAGAAGGCAGGACACGAGCAUGUGAUCGGCAUCCCGGUGAACAACAGGGCCUUCGGCAUUGAGGAGCCGGAUUUCCCCAGCAAUGGCGCCGCCAAGAACGCAGCCGCCGCGGGCGGACGGGCUGCAAAGUUCGGCGGCCGGACCGGGGACAGGGUCGCCCAAGGCCUGAAAGAACAUGUGACUCUGGGGCCAAAGCUGUACGAGACCGUGAAGGGCAAGCUGUCGCUGGGAGCAAGGAUCCUGCAGGCCGGCGGCGUGGAGAAGGUGUUCCGGCGGUGGUUCUCCGCCGACAAGGGCGAGAAGCUCCUCAGGGCCUCGCAGUGCUACCUGUCGACCACGGCCGGGCCGAUCGCGGGGAUGCUCUUCGUGUCCACGGAGCGGAUCGCGUUCCGGAGCGACCGCUCGCUGGCGCUGACCUCUCCCCAGGGCGGCGGCACGGUGGUGCGGGUGCCGUACAAGGUGGCCAUCCCGCUGGCGAGGGUCAAGACGGCCAAGCCGAGCGAGAACAAGGACCGGCCGGAGCAGAAGUACGUGCAGGUCGUGACCGACGACGGCUUCGAGUUCUGGUUCAUGGGAUUCGUCAGGUACCAGGUGUCCCUGCAGGAGCUGGAGAAGGCCAUCGCGCAGUCGCAGUCGCAGUCGCAAUGACCUGACGCGAACGAACGUCUCCGCCGGCUCCCGUUCGGCCGGCCGGGCGUUGUGCUUGUGCUCUACUGCUUCAUCUGUGUGCAUAUGUAGUAGGGUUCAGUUUCCUUGAUGGAUUGCUUGGCGGCGUUUUUGGCAUUGAAGCAAGUCCGGUAUACCGAAUAUAGGAGAAAAUUUAUUAUAGAUUACGUAAUUGGUGAUGUUGAGUAAAUCUGUGCUGGUCCACGGUAAAAGUGGCUCAUAUGAGGUUUACAUAUGGAAUGAAAAACACGAAGUGUUUGUGCAACACCUAGAUUGUGAACUGAAUUAUGAUCCCAUCUUUUCAUUUGUGGCAA